ACCAUACUCAUUAACAACAAAAUCUCAUCUAACAAAUCAACCAUAAACCCAAACCUCCCAACCUUACCAUAUCCAAUCAUUCCUAAAAACACAUAAAACCAAAAACCUGAUGAAAACAGGAAAAACAGACUGGUAAUAGUAAUGUUGUAUGGUGGGGGAAGCAACACCUACCCAGAAUAUAAAGCACAGACCAAAACAAGACACCCAUCACUAUCUCCCCCCCCUCUCUCUCCUCUUCCCCCUUUCUAAAUGCAUACAUUUUGUUCACAAAUCUUCCAUUUUUAACACAAAUUACAUCAAAUCCCAAGUGGGUUUUCACUUUCACCCCAAAUGUAUUCUGGGAUUCACUCCAUUAUGCCCCUUGAAGACUUCCCCCGCCCCAAUUUGGUCGGAGAUCCAUGUUUGGUCCUGACAACGGAUCCGAAGCCCCGGCUCCGGUGGACUGCGGAGUUCCAUGAGAGAUUUGUGGAUGCUGUUACUCAGCUUGGUGGACCUGAUAAAGCAACACCAAAAAUGAUCAUGAGAACAAUGGGGGUAAAGGGCCUCACUCUCUAUCAUCUCAAGUCACAUCUGCAGAAAUACCGAAUGGGGAAACAAUCAUGCAAAGAGUUUUCCGAUAACUCUAAAGAAGUAUCUUGCAUUGCUGAGAGCCAGGACAUGGGUUCAUCGACGUCAUCUUCUACAAGAAUGAUGCCACAAGACUUAAAUGAUGGCUUUGAGGUUAUAGAAGCUUUGAGAGUGCAGAUGGAAAUCCAAAGAAUAUUGCAUGAGCAGCUAGAGUUCUUUGUUCUCGUGAUUCAUGAUGGACACUUCAAUCUAGUUGUGCUGGACAUGAAGAAAAAGUUGCUAGAGUUGUGGGACACGAUUAUGGAAGGCAAAGAGAGCAUGGCUAAUGAGCUACUAGCUGUUGGACUAGAGGAUAUAUUUGGAUGGGAAAGGGGCCUGCGUUCGCCUCGAGAAGCGAUUCCCAGUGGCACUCAACUGAAGAGAGAUGCCAUCUUGCUAUUCGAAUAUUAACAUCAAAAGAUAACCGCCGCUUGCAAUAUAUAGAAGAAAUGAGUGCAGCCUUCAAUGAAAGUGAAGUGGUCUCUUUACCCGAAAAAGAAAAUGAAGUGGUCACAUACUUUGCUGAUUUUUCAGAUGACAAUGUGUGAAAUGAAACUACCCUUGUACCACAAGAUCAAGUCGGGUUGCAGUUAAAUAUGAUAGCCCAAGAUGACAAUGUUACCCCUGUAAAACCAGCACUAGAUGACAAUGUUACCUCUGUAAAACCAGCACUAGAUGACAAUGUUACCCCUGUAAAACCAGCACUAGAUGACAAUGUGUCAAACGAAACUCCCCCUAAACCAAAAGCAAAGAGGAAAAGGAGGACAGAAGCCGGUAUGUUAACUGCAAAAAGGUUAACAAAAGGCUUACCACAUAAACGUCAGCAUCAUCGACAAAAAGGUUAACAAAAGGCGCCUAACAUGGUUCUAAAUGUGGCUCUGAACGUGGCGUGCCUCUAACUGAAUAGUUAGAUAUUUCAGUUGAACUAGUGGAAUGUAUUUGUAAUCUUUUCAUUUGAAUUUGAUUUUAGCAUUACUGGAAUUGUGCAAUGGCCCCUUUGACCCUUUAAUCUGAAAUGACCCAUUUGGCUC